AUGGUGCUGGAGGAUCUGAACGACUUUGAGCUCUUCCGUGCGUGUGGCCCGCUCUACCCAGCCUUCGCGAUCGAGAGCCUUACCAGCAUCAUUCUCGGGCUGUUCUUCACCUACCUCGCCCUCCGCAUUGUCGUGAGGACCGAUGUCAAGCAGCCGAUAAAUGCAGUGUGGCUUAUGAUCCGUGACUACAUCUCCCCAGCCGCGGACCAGUGGUGGACGUUGAUGAAGACGUGGCCAGACAUGCCGAGCAAGCCCUGUUCGGACAGGAUCGCAUACUGCCGAAACCUGAACAUCGCCAUGUGCAUUGCGCAGGCGCUGGCCGCAUUCUUCUCCGUGUUCCGCUGGCUGCACAUUGGCAACGUGAACGGUCUCCGAUACCUCGGCUAUGCCUUCACCUGCUCGCUGAUGCAGGCGGAGUUGGUGGUUCUGAUCGCACCUUAUGUCCCUUGCUACAAGUUCAACGUUGUCUCCGUGGUCAUCUUCACCCAUGCGUUCCUCAUCUGCGGCUGGAUCGGUUCCUUGCACGAUGGCUUCCUGUUUGAAGAUACCUCGUGGGAGCUCUUCAAGUCGUCCUGGGAGGUGGCAGACUUGGUGGUCACGAACAAGGGCAUCGCCAUUGGCAUCACGGCAUCGGAGCAUGGGGGUGGCAAGGUCUUGGACUCGGCUCGCACGGAGUUUUCAGACUUGACGGGUCUUGGCCUCUUCGGCGAUGCGAAAAGCAACGCCGUUGGCUUCGCCGUCUUAAACAUGAUCUCCAAAGGAAGCUUCACGCUGUCCAUGCUCAAGAUCGGUGCGGACCACCGUCGCAGGUGGCCAGACAUCGCCCCGAAGAACAAGAGAAGCCAGAGCUGGUUGGUGGAGAAGCUGCAGUGCUACGAGUCGGAAAACUCCAACGGCAAGGAGCAGAAACUAUCAGCUCAAGAGAAGAAGACGACCUAUGAAGAGGAUGAGUUGAAGGAGCAGAAACUAUCAGCUCAAGAGAAGAAGACGACCUAUGAAGAGGAUGAGUUGAAGGUGCAGCGGCCAAUGGCGGGAGUCGAAUCGCUUUGGGUGUGA